CUCUGCUGCACGCGCACCGCGAGGAGCCGCGAGGACUCAGGAAACAUAAAGAAACUUCAGAACCCGAACCCAAUCAGUCUGUGAAACUGUAUUUAACUCACCUGUCUGAGACUCAUCUGAACCCGGAGGUCUAGACAAUAAUUCAGAUCCUGAAUCGGGAGGCCCGGGACCAGCACAGGGAUCAGAGACCAGGUUAGAGGACCGGAGGACCGGGUCUGGGUUCAGAACAGGGUUAGAGGGCCGGGCUAGAGGACCUGAGGCCCGUGUCUCGGUUCUUGUGUCAGGAUGUCUGAGGACCGGGACCCUGAGUGUGUUUGUUCGGUCGGGAUGAAGCUGAGCUGGGACAUCAACGACCCUAAACUACCGCAGGACACGAAGCAGUUCGAUGUGUUUCAGGAGUGGACAGACGGUUACGUGCGAUACAUCUACAGCGCGGAGGAUAAGAACACCCAGAGGCAUCUCUCCGGCUGGGCCAUGAGGAACACCAACAACCAUAACUGUCAGAUCCUGAAGAAGUCGUGUUUGGGCGUGGUAGUUUGUUCCCGCGGCUGCUCACUGCCUGACGGGUCGCGGCUGACGCUCAGACCCGCCAUCUGUGACAAGGCCCGGCAGAAGCAACAGAAGAAGCUGUGUCCGAGCUGCACCGCCCCCCUGGAGCUGCUGCCCUGCCGAGGACACAGCGGUUAUCCCGUCACCAACUUCUGGAGGGUGGACGGGAAGGCCAUUUUCUUUCAGGCUAAAGGGGUCCAUGAUCACCCCCGACCAGAGUCCAAGUCUGAGACCGAGGCCCGGAGGAGUUCAGUGAAGAGACGGGUCAACUCACCGCCAUUCACCCCAAAGAGACGCCUGAUGGACACUCAGGCCCUUGGUCCCGCCCUCCUCUCCUGUGUGGACCAAUCAGAAAGGAUCUCCUUCAUGGAGCCCAAUUACCCACAGCAUUACCCAGCAUUCCAGAGCCCGGAGCCUUACUACAACCCCCACAAUGCACUGGGGGAGGCUCCUCCCACACUGCAGAAACCAGUCAAUCCCAGGCUGUACAUGAGCCGGCCCGGAUACGACUUCCAGGGAUACCUGACCACGCCUUCCUACCCCAUGACCUCGGAUCUCUGUGACCCCAGGGUGAAUCCGGUCCUCGGCUCCUCCUCUUCCUCCUCCUCAGCUCCCCUGCCCACCCCUUGCUCAUCCUUUGAAUCCCAGGCUAAAUCCCCCCCCGGCUGGAAGGAGCUUCUGAAGACCCCCUACAGUGACAACCACCAUUACUACAGCGCAGAGUAUCCCUGCCGUUACCCAAGCAACACCCCUGGGUCCCCGGCCGCCCUGCAGACCAUCAUCACCACCACCACAAAGGUUUCCUACCAGCCCUGUCCGAAGCCCCCCCCCAGCCUCCCUUCCUACCAGCCUUCCUGCCCCCCCCCAAAACCCCCCGGACUUCCGGGCUGCUCCUCCCUGCUGGAGGACGGCGCCCCCCCCUCAUACUCCACCGAAGUGAAGGUGACCGAGGAGUCCGGAGGCGUCAUCAAGUCCCUGUUUCAGCCAGACACCCCGCCCACCAAGACCGAGCGGUCUGAGGCCUAUGACUACAGGUACGCCUACCCUAACCAGUACCGCUAUGAGGACUACUGAGGGCCCCUAUUCACCAGGACUACUGAAGGCCCUUCAGGACUAUUGAGGCCCCACCUGGCCCAACUUGUACCGCUACGAGGACUACUGAGGGACCGUCAGGAAGGGCCCUCCAGGAAUACUGAGGGCCCCGUCACCAGGACUCUGGAUGUAACAAGUCCUGCAGAGAACCUUGCUUCCUUGCUUUGUAUAUGUGCUGCAGGACUAAUAAAGGAGUUCUGGUUCCAGUGUUGUCCAUUAAAUAGCAGCUUUAUAACGGACUGUAGACCGGACCCCUCUAACUGAUCCACAGGAAACUGAUUAGAAAACAUUAGAAAAUGGAUUUCAGUAACAUUCCUGCAGAAAUGUCUUUAAAGGACAUUAAAGACCUGACCCUGGACUCUGAGACUGUGACUCUGAUACCCUGGACUCUGAGACCCUGGACUCUGGACUCUUGGACUCUGAGACCCUGGACUCUGAGACCCUGGACUCUGAGACCCUGGACUCUGAGACCCUGGACUCUGAGACCCUGGACUCUGGACUCUUGGACUCUGAGACCCUGGACUCUGAGACCCUGGACUCUGAGACCCUGGACUCUGAGACCCUGGACUCUGGACUCUUGGACUCUGAGACCCUGGACUCUGAGACCCUGGACUCUGGGACCCUGGACUCUGGGACUCUGUUGAUCUAUGAGUAAUCUGCAGGGUGCUGCAUGGAUCAUUGUUGGUUACUGGGGACCGUUACUGUCGGGAGAGUCACAACGUUAUAGUGAAGGUUAUAGAAACAGAAGCGGUUCAUCAGGACAGAAACUGGAUCCGACCAGAACUGAAAACCGUCUGGGUAACCUCUGAAUUCGGAAGUGCUUCUGAGAUAUUAGAACUGAACCAGGUCUAUAUAGGAACAGUUGUAAUAAGGAACCUGAUCUAGGUGUAGUAUCUCAGAGUCUAUGGUUCUAUGUGGUUCUAUUUGCUUCUAUGUGGUUCUGUAGUUGUGGUUAUUUAUUGAGUUGGAGCUGCAGCUGUGUCUUAAACCUGAAUAAACUGCUGUCCGAA